GAAUCAUUCAUCUCUAUAUAUAAACACAAAAAGGUUCAACAAAAGAUAAUUCUAUAUAACCAAAGAAAAAAAACUCUCUUCCAAAAAUGGCAAUUAGGGUUUCCCACAAGUCUUUCCUCGUCGCACUUCUUCUCAUACUCUUCAUUUCCUCUCCUACUCAAGCACGAAGCUUACGAGAAGUAGUAAGGAAUAGAACGCUAUUGGUUGUGGAGAAGAGUCAAGAGAGUCGGAAAAUAAGGCACGAAGGUGGAGGAAGUGAUGUUGAUGGAUUGAUGGAUAUGGAUUAUAAUUCUGCGAACAAGAAAAGACCGAUACACAAUCGCUAAUAAACACACAUGAACUUAUCGAAUUCUUGUGAGAUAUCCUGAGAUCCAAAGAUAUCCCGAGAUUUUAUCUUUUACUAAACAUAAAUUAUAAGAAGUGAGAAUGUAUUUUAUAUAAGAAAAGAAGUGAGAAUGUAAACUAUUAUUAUUUAUAGGAACAUAUAAAUAUAAACGACUUUGUAUGCAUGUGUACAGUAUUAUCUCGAGGGAAAACAGUUCUAUACAAUAAUCAUAGCUUGUGUGUGCUAGCUUUAUGUAUGGAUUGCAUCAUGGUUUUCUGUUUGUGAAAUAAAACUCUAUAAUAUAUUAUGUGUAUAUAGAAACCCACAAAUAUCUUCUUUAACUCUGUUGUAGUAUUAGUUC